AUGCCGUUUGAUGCGUGUUGCCCGGAGUGCAAGAUGCCAGGCGACGAGUGUCCACCAGUUUGGGGGGAAUGCGGACACCACUUCCACAUCCACUGCAUAAUGAAGUGGCUGCAGAAGGAGCAGAAGCAGUGCCCCAUGUGUCGUCGAGAAUGGAAGUUUCGUCAAUGA